CUCUUUCCCUUUUUUUUUUCUUUUUUUUCUUAUAAUACAUACUUUAAGGACAAUCCCUCUCUUUUAUAACAAAUAAAAACAGUGAUGUCUGAUCCUAGCCAGGCUGCUGCCAUCAUUGCUGCCAAACGUGCAGAAGUCUUAGCAAAAUUAGCUAAAUUCCAGAACAAUAAUACCACCAACACUGCACUACCUCGUCCACCAUCAACAACUAGUUCCCGAUCGCAAAGUCAUGUACCAACACAAUCUUCAACAACAACUCCUUCUCAACCAAUCAGCGGGUUGAGUCUAUCCGAAAUUCAACGAAAACGAGAAGAAGUUAUGAAUCGACUCAAAGCUGGUGGAAUACAUCCUGGUGAUAAAAAAGCGGCCCCUCCACCUAUGCCACUAGACGCUUCAGGAAACUUUGACUUGAGAGCAAUGUUAGACAAAGGGAUCAUUCCAAAACGUGAAAAAGAAAUUGGGGCAAGUUCUCGAACAGCAAGUCCAUCCAAACAAUUACAACAAAAACAACAAAAACAACCAGCAAGUGCAGCCUCAACGACUACUAGCAAACCAACAACAUUGAAAAUGGAAACUACACCUGAAUCAUUUACUGAUCCUACAAAGAAUCCUUACUAUGAUCCAUCAUUACCUGUCAACGUAGCACCCAAAGGACGACGUUCAAGAGCAUUCAAAUUCAUACAACCUGGAAAAUAUAUUGAAAAGGGAAAUCAAGAACGGGCCAAAGCUCAAUUGGAACGACUCAAGGAAGAAGUAGCAGCCAAAGUGAAACAAGCUGGUAUGGAAACGGAAAUGGAUAUUUCAGAUAAAGUAUUGAAGAAGGAACCUCCUCCAGUAGCAGAAUGGUGGGAUGCACCAUUCUUACCGAAUCAAACCUAUCAAGAUUUAGAUGAUCAACCUGUGGAUCCACAACAGUUAACUUCCUUAGUAACCAUUUAUGUACAUCACCCUGUUCCCAUCAAGGCUCCCAGUGAUCUGAAUGGCAAACCUCCUUCUCGUGCAUUGAUGUUAACCAAGAAAGAACGCAAAAAGUUAAGAAGACAAAGACGAUUAGAAACGCAAAAAGACAAACAAGAUAAAAUCCGAUUGGGUUUAUUACCUCCUGAUCCUCCCAAGGUGAAAAUCAGCAAUUUGAUGAAGGUAUUAGGUGAUGAAGCUAUUCAAGAUCCAACUAAGGUGGAAGCUAAGGUUCGAAAGGAAAUGGAAGAACGUCAAAAACAACAUGAUCUGGCUAAUGAACAACGCAAAUUGACUCCAGCAGAACGAAGAGCCAAGUUGAUGAACAAGAUAGCAACAGAUCAAAAUACAGCAAAUGAAGUAGCUGUAUUCAAGAUUAAAAAUUGUGCUCAUCCCAAACAUCGAUAUAAAAUUGAAAAGAAUGCUCAACAAUUUGGAUUGACUGGUAUUGUUAUUGUACAUCCCAAAUGUCAUAUGGUGAUUGUAGAAGGUGGACCUAAAAGUAUCAAAGCAUAUAAGAAACUUAUGUUACGACGGAUCGACUGGAAUGAUAUGCCAGUACCCAAGAACUUGGAUGCAACCUCAAUGAUGGAUUUAGAUGAUGAUACUAACAACAAUAAAAUGGUGGGCGAUGGUGAUAAUAAGUGUUACUUAGUAUGGACUGGUCAAGUGAAGAACAAGGCAUUUAAAAAGUUUACCUGGCGAUCUUUUGAAAGUGAAAAAAUGGCUCGACAAGAACUUACAAAGUGGCAUGCGGAAAACUAUUGGGAUGCUGCUCUAUUAUCUACUGAUGAAGAAUUGGCUAUGCGACAACCUGAACUUUAGUAUCAGUUUGUUUGUUUGUUUGUUUUAAUAAAGCGUUACAUUAUGUUGGUGAUCGGCUAUUGAAAUAACCAUUUUCGCCCUCUUUUUUUUUUU